AUGCCUCUUAGGCAUAUCAUUGCCGAGAGAGUGGCUGAGGUCUUGGAGAAGAAGACCACGACCAAGACCAAGACAGAGGGAGAGGGAGAGAUGCACAGGCCGGCUGCACGACGAGGAAGACGUGGAAAUGACAGCGACGCUCCGUCUCUGACAGAGUGGCUCGUCAGAGCCGCUAUCCCCGUCGUUGGAAAAGCCGUGCGCGACGCGAUCGGAAGGCAUCAGGAGGGGCCGAGGGAAGGGCUGAAGUUCUAUGACGAUGACGAUGAAAAUGGGAGUGGAGAUGGGGAUGGGGAUGGGGAUGGGGAUGGAGCUCAGGCAGAUAGAUUCAGAGAGAGCCAUCGCCAGCGCCAGCGCCAGCGCCGGCUGCGGCGCAGACGGGGGAGGAGGAGUAGCCCUUUUGGGUACACCCAGGAUGCAGCCCUGGGCCGGCAUGGAUAUGCAGGCCGGGAGCCGCACGUCUCGUACGGUGGCGGCCUGGAGGCGGAUUGGGAGGGGUAUAUUGGGGAUCGGAAACAUGGUAGUGAUGGUGGGGGUGGAUCUGGAGCUGGAGCUGGAGUUGGCGUAUUGGAUCACGGAGCGCUGCAGGGAGGGGAUCAGAGACGUGAGCAGCUGAAGAGGAAACACCGAAGCCGAGAGGAGCGGAGGGGGAAGAAGAAUAGGAAUGUUGAGGACAGAGAUGAUGGAGAGCGCUACUACGGACGUCGUCUACGUGAAGAGGUAGUCCACGUGUUUGAGGAGGGUGCGUGGGAGCUCGGACCGUCUUACUUUAUGAUUGAUGCUUGA